CCCUACUCUUCUACUACUCUUCCUGUUCAGAAGAAAAACCCCUUGGUUGUAUUAGUUUUCUUCCCAGAAUUCUUUUAUUCUCUUCCUUCAUGGAUCGAUAGCUACCAGCACAAUUCUAAUAUCUUGCCCUUUAUCGACUGGUCGUUGGCGCCUUUAAUGACCAUCAUCUUAUCUAGUCUCCGCGAUGUUGCUUCCAUCUCCACAAGCCGCCGAUCCCCUACGAUAUAUCUUUGAAGUGCAUCAGACGGCCAGAAGAAUAAG